AUGGGAGCGCCCGACAGCCGGGAGCCCCAGUACCGGCUCGGGACACCCGCCCAGGUACCUCGAGAAGCAAUGGCCACAGCAGCUCUGCUGAGCUCAGCUCACAGCUCCAACCCCUCAGCCCCUUCCUGGGGUGCAGCCACCUCCACCAUGCAUCUCACCAGGCCAAAAUCUGCCAAGGGACGCAGCAGGCCAAGCUGCAGCCACCUGCAGAGGGUGGCAGCCUGUCCUUGCCAAGGGCCACCUUCCCCACCACCAGCACCUCUCCAGGUGAACAGCUGGAGAUCAUCAGCUACCAAACCACCAUUCCCACCCAGCCAGGUGUCUCCUGAGGAGAUCCCAGAGCUCCUGCAGCAUGUGCCUGUGAGGACCUCGUCUUCCUUGACCAGGUAUAAGGUGCUCCCCUCCAUUGGGAAGCAGGGCACGGGGAGCAGGGCUGUGGAAGCUCUGGCUGAACAGACCAACUGGCUGAGGUUGAGCAGGGAGCAGGAGCACGUUCCCCAAAUCCCAACUCUUCCUGGAGAACAAGGAUCUACCAGCAUCUUGGCAGAGAGUGAUGUCCCCAGUGAGGAGGGCUUGUGUGCUCAGUGUUCUCUGGAGAAGCAGAGAAGGAAACUGAGGCAAGAGAGCCCUUGGAUGUCAACUUUAAGUUUGGAAGAGCCACCUAUGGAGAAGCCAGAUGUGCUGCUGGCAGUUCGGGCUCCCUCUGGGCAGAGGUUUGAGCACCAUUUCAAGCCCACCGACAGCCUCCAGGUGGUCCUUGCCAUGGCAGAACAGAAAAUGUCAGCCCAGUACCAAGGCUGCAGCAUUGAAACGAUGGAGGUGCCUCGAAGGAGCUUCUCUGACCUCACCAGGUCCCUCCAGGAAUGUGGGAUUCUCCACAAGUCCUUGCUGUGCAUCCGGCAGGAGCAGCACAACACGGACCUUUAG